CGCCUCCACGCGAGUCCCUCUCGUGUCCCCUCUCCCCACCCCCAGCUCGGCCGCCUGCCGCUUUGUUCCGGGCGCGCCGAGGGAAGGCGAGGCUGCGGCGGAUCAUGCCCAUGGUGUAGCCGCCAAGUGGAGGCAUGGCUGCCGGAAGGUUACUGCUCUACACGGGACUCUCGCUAGCGCUCUGCGCCCUCGGCAUGCUGGCCGUGGCCAUCUGCUCGGACCAUUGGUACGAGACGGACGCCAGGAAGCACAGGGACAGGUGCAAGGCCUUUAACACCCGCCGGGUCGAUCCUGGCUUUAUUUACAACAAUAACAACAACUUGCCGCUCCGGGCGAGCCGCUCCCGCCUGGACCGUUGGGAGGGCAAACUCCUCCGGGCCCGGAAUCGCCGGCAGCUCUUCGCGAUGAGCCCUGCGGACGAGUGCAGCCGGCAGUACAACUCCACUAACAUGGGCCUCUGGAGGAAGUGUCACCGGCAGGGCUUCGACCCGGAGAUCGCCGCCCUCAUUCGGAAAGGAGAAAUUGACCGAUGCACGUACAUCAAAUACCACUACUCCUCAGCCACCAUCCCCAGAAACCUCACUUUCAAUAUCACGAAGACCAUCCGUCAGGACGAGUGGCAUGCCCUGCACCUGCGCAGAAUGACGGCCGGCUUCAUGGGUAUGGCGGUGGCCAUCAUCCUCUUUGGCUGGAUCAUCGGUGUGCUGGGCUGCUGCUGGGACCGGGGCCUUAUGCAGUAUGUGGCAGGGCUGCUCUUCCUCAUGGGAGGAACCUUCUGCAUCAUUUCACUGUGCACCUGUGUGGCUGGGAUCAACUUUGAGCUAUCACGCUACCCACGCUACCUGUAUGGACUUCCUGACGACAUCAGCCAUGGCUAUGGCUGGUCUAUGUUCUGUGCAUGGGGGGGCCUGGGCCUCACACUAAUCUCGGGAUUCUUCUGUACCUUGGCCCCUUCUGUCCAACCUGUCCCGAGGACCAACUGCCCUAAAUCCAGACCCGAGAAUGGGACAGUGUGCUAAAAAAAAAAAAACCCAUGCAUAUAUAUAUAUAAAUAUAUAUAUAAUAUACAUAUAUAAAACAAAACUAAAUCAAGAUGAUGCCAGUGCCAAGGUAGAGUUGAGCUGGCUCAGGCACCUGCAUCUCGCCGGACUUUGUGUUGCCUCAUCACUGAGAUGCGGAAAGUAUCCCCAUCCCGUGGCUCUUCCAUCAAUUCUUGACUUUCGGCUUCAUGAUUUCUUGAAGACAGAGCAAACACCACCACUUGCGAUAGCAUCUUGAUCCCCAUCACUCACAAGGACGGGGUGGUGAAGGGACAGUGGCCGUGGUCUGAGGGAGUGCGGAUGUAGAGAAAGAAGUUGCCACCACCCGCUGGGCCUGCAGGAGAGGACGCCACCCCCCCGCCAGUCAUAUCACAGGCAAACAAAGCCCUUAGGUCAUAGAAUGGAACGACACCGUUAAGGCCAUUUUCAGAAUCGCUUCUCCUGCUCUUCCUGUUUUGAUUUCCUUCCUGGCCCACCAGCGACACACAAGGAGUAGAAGAGAAAACAAACGGAGAUGGACAUUUUUCUCUUUGCUGCCAAACUUUUGGACAAAGUUUCAGAGGUGGGAAGGGGAGCGAACAUGCUGAGAGGCAAGGUCUGCAUCAGCGAGAGGACCCAUCAGUGGAUGCUCAGAGACCCAGUCUUACCUUCCAGCUGCCUUACACCCAGUGAAAAGGAAGCCGCCCUGUCCCCAGCCCCUGCACUCCCUGGGCAGACCGGAGCCUUGGAGCAAUGCUGUGAUAUGUGUGUGUGUGUGUGUGUGUGUGUGUGUGUGUGUGUGUGUGU